UCAUGUGGCACUGCACGAAUACAUCUAAACUAUGAAAGCCACCCUGACUGCAAGUUGACGUCAAACGGAAGUUCCAACUCGCCAUAAAUAGCACAACAGACAUAUCAGAAAAAAUCAUGUGACGUCAGUGACCGUCACAAGACGGUAUUUGUGACGAUCACGUCACAUAAUCUAAAAAUACCGGUAAUUGAACAUCUUUAUUCACGUAAUGAAUUAACAAAGUAAUGAAGCCAACUUUACCAGACUGUUACGAAGUAAUAUUGUUAUUAUUUAACAAUAUCUGUAUAGCUUUUUGUCAGUAUAAUUUACUGGGGGAUUUCAUAUAAUUAGUGACUACAAGCAUAAAAACCAUGUUAUUGUGAUUCAUUCAAUCAUUUUGCCGCACUUGGGAUCUAGAUGUAGAAUUGACAUUGUUAAAUGAAACAUUAAUAAAAGCAACCAAAAAUUUUAUGUCGAACAGUUAACUAAUGUACAAUUAUGAUAUCAACAUCAUAAAAUUUUUUUAGCUAAUCGUGGUAGUAUCGGGUUAUCAGUACUUAUUACCAACAUGUGAUUGUUUAUCAAUGUAUCGAUGUAUAGGGGUAGGGAUAAAAAAAUAUAUAAAAAGAAGUGGGAGUUUUACCUUUAAGAGGAAGUAUGAAAGAAGGAGAUAAAAUGUGGUGGAAAUUCACUAAUACUACAACAAUCUAACGACACUUGUUUGACUUUUUCCCUGUAUUUCAUGGAAUAAGUUAGUGUAUAUAGUGUACGAAAAGGACCGAGUGUUUAAACAAUAAUUGAGUCAAUAUUCAACAAAUAUAAUUAAUAUAAAUCAUUAUCAGCCAGAAUGGCAUCAAAUAAAGAUAUUAAUACAGAAAACGUACAAUUUUUUGAAGGGGUUGAAAAAUUACUUGAAGUUUGGUUUACUAGUUCUCAUGGUGAAGAUCAUAAAGGUGAUCUUCGAGACAUUCCGAGACAUCGCUGGGAAUCACUUUUGAAAAUUGUCCGAUGUGAGAUAAUUAGUUUCUGCCGAAACGACGACAUUGAAGCCUACGUUCUCAGGUGCAGAUCUGGUGAAAAAUUGUAUACACAUCACGUGGGAAGUGAAAGCAGUAUGUUUGUGGCAAAGCGUCGGUUGAUUUUGAAGACCUGCGGUACAACAACUCCAUUGCAGUGUAUAGUAUCAUUACUGGAUCUUGUUGAGGAAUAUACUGGAUUUGAUGAAGUAGAAGAUUUGUUUUACUCCCGGAAAAACUACAAAAGACCAGAGUUGCAAAUGUCUCCUCAUUGUGCUUUUGAAGAAGAAGUUGCAUUAUUGGACACGAUUUUUUCUGAUGGAGAGGCAUAUUGUUUAGGCAAUGCUGAUAAAAAUUGUUGGUAUUUAUAUACUUUGAACCGUGGAAAAUCUUUUCACUCACCAAAAGAACCCGAUCAGACUUUGGAAAUAUUAAUGACUAAUCUCAACACUGACAUAAUGUCUAUUUUUACUCGUGAAAGAUGUUCAUCUGCUGCUGAAGCGACCCAAAAAUCUGGAAUAGAUAAAAUCAUUCCAAAUAUGAACAUCGAUGAUUUUCUUUUUGAACCCUGUGGUUACUCUAUGAACGGAGUCGCAAAAAAUGGAAGCUAUAUGACUAUCCACAUCACACCAGAGCCAGAAUUUUCAUAUGUUUCAUUUGAAACUAACAUUCCUGAAGAAAACUAUGCAGAUGUAAUUGAGCGUGUUCUCAAAGCAUUUAAACCUGAAAAUUUCGUCGUGAUAUUGUUCGCCAAUAAAGCAUCUAUUGCAGCCAACACUCCACGUGAAUUCAAACAAGCGAGUUAUCUCAACUUCGAUGGCGAGUGGUUACGUGAUGAUAUUCAAUAUUGUCGUUUCAAAGAUUAUGAUCUCAUAUGUGCAUUUUAUUCUAAAUUUCCAAGCUGAU